AUGUUGAGCAACACCAAUAUCCCCUCUCCUUCUUCCGACAACGGCGGCCCCAGCAAACGAAAACGCCGGCCGGCCGGAACUCCAGAUCCGGAUGCUGAGGUGGUGUCGCUGUCGCCGAAAACCCUACUGGAAUCGGACCGGUACGUGUGCGAGAUCUGCGGCCAGGGAUUCCAGCGGGACCAGAACCUUCAGAUGCACCGGCGGCGGCACAAGGUUCCGUGGAAGCUCCUGAAGCGGGAGACGGCGGUGGCCAGGAAGCGCGUGUAUGUAUGCCCGGAGCCGAGCUGCCUCCACCACGACCCGCGCCACGCGCUGGGCGACCUCGUCGGGAUAAAGAAGCACUUCCGGCGGAAGCACAGCAACCAGCGGCAGUGGGUCUGCGCAAAGUGCUCAAAGGGCUACGCCGUACAGUCGGACUACAAGGCCCACCUCAAGACCUGCGGCACCCGAGGCCACUCAUGCGAUUGCGGACGGGUUUUCUCAAGGGUGGAGAGUUUCAUCGAGCACCAAGAUGCCUGCAGCAUGGGCCGAUUCCAGUCGAACAUCCAGGCGCCACCCUCCGCCUGCCUCUCCCGGACAGCCUCCAGCCCCAGCCCCAGCCCCAGCCCGUCCAGCGACACCAACCUCAGCGUAGGCCUGUGGCCCGGCCCGAACAAGAAUCCGCCUCCCAUUUCCCAACCGCCGCCCAAUCUUGAGCUCGAGCUCCUCACCCGUCCCACUUCUUCUGCUCCCGACAUCCCUCCAGGUGGGACCCCAUUCCUGGAUCAGGCCCGACUGCAGGCCGAGAAGAGGAUGAGAGUGGCCAUGACAGAGAGGGCCCAGGCGGAGGAAGCGAGGGCUCGGGCCAAGCGGCAGCUGGAUUUGGCCGAGCAGGAAUUCUCGAACGCGAAGAGGAUAAGGCAGCAGGCUCAGGCGGAGCUCAAGAAGGCUCAGGCGCUGAGGGACCACGCGGCCGAUCGGAUGAACUCGACCAUUUGGGAAAUAACAUGCCAUUUGUGUAGGCGGAAGUUUGAAUCCGGUGUGGCUGGUCCACCGCCAGAAGCUGCGGCCUCGUCCUCGUCUUCCAUCGGGUUGAGCUACAUAUCAGCUGCGCUGAGGGAAUGGGAAGUCAGAAGAAGUGAUUGA